AUGGGGCGGACUAUGAAUCACUUUCUUACGCCUCCUCGCCCCUCUUUGGCCCGUGUAUUUCAGGUGCCAAGAUGGAACUUGGAAAUAGCGCUGCUGAACUUCUGGCAAAUCUGAAGAAAAGUGUCAGCGUCUGCGAGGCCGAUAAGGCUGUGCUUGUCAGCCUAUUUGUUUACAAGGCGCGAAAAUCGGAUGAUGUAAUUCUUUCCUCUUUUCUUACUGUCCUGGCGGGGAACAACGCGAAGUUUUACAGCAAGGCGCUGGAGGUACGUCCGAAGGAGCGCGGGUUACUCCACUAUGCGCUCGGCGGUCCAUGUAUCACGGUUGUUUCCCUUGGCCUGGUGGCUAACACGGCUGCCACAGACGCGGCCACGGAUUUUGGCGGGCUGGCGAAGAGUGUACAUGGGACCUCAAACCCCACUGUGCGUGAUGGCGGACUGCGGCGCUUUGUGAUGUUUUCAACGAGGGCCCAGACGCAGAUGCAAAUGCGUCUGAAGAAUGCGACGGGGGCUGAUAAGGAGCGGCUUGCCAACAGUAACGCAAACCUUGAAUUGGUGCUUAAGGACGCGGAGGAGAUGCUGCGUGAUCCAAAAGGUCGGUUACCCAAAGUCUACAAGCAAACACACUGA